AUGGGUGUUGAUAAGAUAGUUCCCAUUGACAAACUGGUGAAGGGUCGUUUUCAAGACAACUUUGAGUUCUUGCAAUGGUUCAAGAAAUUUUUCGAUGCUAACUAUGGAGGCACGGAAUAUGACGCUGUAGCGCAACGCGAAGGCCUGCCUAUGGGGCACGGAGGCUCAGCGGCGCCUCGGGCCGCGGCCGUUAAGAAACCAGCGGCACCGGUCGCCAAAGUCGCCGCUAGACCCCAAACCAUUGGCAAAACUAACAGCACAGUGCGGUCUCCCCCGGUGAACUUGGCUAGAUUAAAUCAAAGUCCUAAGGGAGAUUCAAAAGCUGUUGAUGAAUUAAAUCACCAGUUAAAUGAAUUAAAAGCAACAGUUGAUGGCCUAGAGAAGGAAAGAGAUUUCUACUUUGGGAAGCUUCGGGAUAUAGAGGUUAUCUGUCAAGAGAUGGAAGAACAACAAAAUGCUCCUAUUAUACAGAAAAUUUUGGACAUCUUAUAUGCAACUGAGGACGGAUUCGCGCCUCCUGAAGAAAUAGAUGGUGACAACCCUCAUCCACCUGAAGAGGAUGAAUAU